CCCAUUUAAGACAACCUUGAGGGAGGGUGGGGAAAAAAAAGAAGCAUUUUUCCUCUCUGCAAAGAAACUCACAAAGUAGCAAGAUGAUUUCAGGAUCUCAAUGUGCCUUGUUCUUUUUCUUGUCCUUCAUUGCCUGUCAAGGAUCUCCGGCAUCUCAGAACUGUCUUAAUAAACAGCAGCUUCUAUCUGCUAUCCGUCAAAUGCAGCAGCUGUUAAAGGGCCAAGAGACGCGCUUUACAGAGGGAAUUCGUAACAUGAAGAACCGGCUGACCAUGCUCCAGAAUUCUGUGAACAAAGCUCUCCCAGAUGUCCCAGCAGUCUCCUGCCCUGCACUGGAAGCCCCAUACAAUGGGAGAAAAUUUGGCAGCAAGUACUUAGUGGACCACGAAGUCCAUUUCACCUGUAAUCCUGGAUUCCAGCUGAUUGGCCAUAAUAGUCUCCUUUGUCAGUCCAAUGGCAAUUGGACAGGUGACAAACCAGAAUGUAAAGAUAUCAGUGAAUGUGCUAGCCAUCCUUGUCAAAAUGGUGGAACAUGUGUGGAAGGAGUCAAUCAAUACAAAUGUACUUGUCCACAAGGAUGGAAUGGAAACAACUGUCAGCAUCAGGCUCAGACAGUGGCACCUGAAUGGAGUGUGACCAAUGACCCUGCCUUCAGUCGCAAGCCACGUUGUGCCAAGGUGGAUAGAACUCAACACUGUAGCUGUGAGGCGGGUUUCCACAUGAAAGGCACAGCAGAUAACAGCAUAUGUCAGGAUGUGAAUGAGUGUGAAGUUUAUAAAUUAGAAGGGGCCAACCAACUCUGUAUGCACAACUGCAUUAACACUCCUGGAUCCUUCCGCUGCUCUUGCCCAAGUGGCUAUAGGACUCUUGAGGAUGGAAAAAGCUGUGAAGAUAUUGAUGAGUGUGCAGAUUCCCAGAAUACAUGUACACGGGGGACCACAUGUAUUAAUACAGGUGGCAGUUUUCAGUGUGUCAAUCCAGAGUGUCCAAAGAGCAGUGGUAAUGUGAGCUAUGUGAAAACAUCCUCAUUCCAAUGUGAACGCAACCCUUGCCCCAUGGACAGUAAAUCUUGUCACCAUGCUCCCAAGACCAUCUCCUUUCACUAUUUAGCACUGCCUUCCAGCCUGAAGACUCCAAUCACACUCUUUCGCAUGGCUACAGCUUCAGCACCUGGGCGGCCAGGGCCUGACAGCUUGCGCUUUGGGAUUGUAGGAGGCAAUAGCAGGGGACAUUUUGUUAUGCAGCGCUCUGAUCGUCAGACAGGGGAGCUGAUCCUCGUCCAGAGCCUGAAAGGACCACAGACAUUGGAGGUGGACGUUGACAUGUCAGAGUAUCUGGAUCGCACUUUCCAGGCUAAUCACUUGUCUAAGAUCACUGUUUUUGUGUCACCCUAUGACUUCUAGGAGGGCUAGGUGGGAUGGUCACAAGCACCAAUGGCUCGGGAUUGUUUCUAUUCACCAAAGACUCAGCUCUGGGCGCUGGUUCUAAAGACGUAUUUCUCCUUCUUAACCAAAUUCAUACCUUAGAGACUUUUUGGUCACUGUAGUGUUGCUGUUCCACAUGAUGGUGCUGAAGGGUCAUCAAGACACUGACACCUAAGCCUUAAUGUUCUUCUAGUAGAUUAUGCACUAACCUUCUCAAGUAUGCCUCAGGAAAUGGAGAGCUUCUUUAAAUGAAUAGGAAUGCAAUCUGGAAUCAGUUGGGGAUAGGAAAGGGCAAAUACACUUUUCUGAUGACCUUCAAAUAUUUCCUAUAUUAGAAUAACUACAAUAAUUACUGCAGUUCAAGUACUACAGUAGUACUCGAAAUACUACUGUAGAGUGUUUGCCAGUUUGUGGCUUUAAAAAUAUUGCAUGCUAGAUCACAUUUCCUCUAUAAGUAGUGCAAUAUAUGUUUCUCCCCUCCAUAAAGCAACGAACUUUUAACAUGAGUUUUAUCUUUGUCCCCUAAAACCAGUUAUUAUGGAGUUCCACUAAUCAAAGAAGCUGAGGAUUAUUUGGAAUCUUCCCUAUACUCCUUUGAAUCAAAAAGACUAAAUAAUAAAUAUAAUAGCUAAAAGAGAUUUUGAUAUUGGCAGAAGUAAAUACUUUCUGAGAAGCUGAAUCAUAUAUUAAUAGCCCCAUUUUAUAGCUGAAGAAACAAACUAUUUUUGCUUUUCUGGACUUUGUUCCUGCCUUUGGCUCAUAAAAAACAUAAUACCAUCUAGCUGCAUUAAUGUGGUCUUCAUCUUAUUGGAUUAGCUGAAAGAAACCCAUGGGAAAGAAUGCAAGUAACAGGGUAAUAUGUUGAUGAAUACUUGAUUUUCAUGCAAUAAUCCCACAACCAAAGUCUACUAUAUGAAAAAUUGAAAAACCCACCAUCUUGCCACAGAUUUUUAAGGGAAAAAAGUGUCAUCUGACAUCCACCCCCCCCCCAUAUAUGGUUGCCUCCUAUCUAUGGGUAAAUCAAAAAGUAAUGCUGUCUAGAUAAAAGAAAGAAAAUUCCAGAAAGGAAAAAGUAAGAAUAUUUGUAUAUCUAAGAGAUUUGUUUAAUCUCAUUAUUGAAAUUUCAUAACAUAAAUCUUUUUUUUAAAACUUUAUCAAUUUAUCUUCAAUGUAUUUUGUUUAGAUUUUAUUUGGCAAUGAGAGGCAAUGUAGUAUAAUGGAUAGAGAACUAGAAUGAGGAAGAUCUGGAUUCAAAUACUGCCUUUAAUAUAUACUGGAUACAUGAUUCCAUUUUCUAGUCACUUUUCUAAUAAUUGCAGAGAAGGUGCUGUCUUACAUUGGUAAAGAGAAUUUCUUUAUCUAGACUAUCUUUAUAGGAAUGAAAUCACAACUCUAAUUGCUGUCCCUGUGUAUGUAGAACUGGAGGCAAUUCUAUUAAUGUUAGUGAUUUAUACUAGUUAGUAUAUAUAUACUAGAUAUAGGUAGUUCUGUGAAUUCUGGGUGUUGUGAUGUGGGAGCACUUGACAGUGGCUGCUAGAGGUCUAACUCAGACCUGUAGAAUGGAUCUCUUCACGUGAGAGGAUAAUGAUGAUGAUACAAGGAGACUGAGAGGUAGUUGCGUUCUCUGACCCCUCUCCUCUUCCCUCUUGCCUACAAUUUAUUUCAUUCUCAAGCCACAAGGAACAUCUGCAAAGUCUGCUUUGCAAAGCCUUCAAAUUUAUGAUUCACAGCUGUGGAGGCUCUUGGAGACUUGACCUGCCCCUUCACUUAGGCAUGGUCCUUAACACCUGGGGAUGAGAUGGCAUUAGUGAAUACAAGUGUCUUCAUUUGUCACUUUAUUUUUGUUCUAUAAAUAUGAUUGUCUCACUCAUGAAUCAAUUUUAAAAUGUACAUUUUCUAUUCACGAGAUUUCUGUUUGGAAAAUGAAGCUCCCAGAUAUCCAUGAUUCACAGGAAUUCCCCCACAAACCUGUUUCUCAAAAUUCCUCAUAUUCCUGAUCUUCCAAAUCAAUCAUUGAUUGGUGCAUCAAUAAAUUGGUUUGUGUUUUGCCAGAUCAGAUAAAUUAGCAAUUACAAAUAAGAUAUGAAAAGGUUGCUUCCAAUAAAGCACUUCUGCUUUUGCAAGUAUUAAAGGCAAUAUCAUUAUCUAGAAAUGAAAAAUAAUCCCAGUGAUACAUGAGGGAGCUAAAAUAAUGAAUAAUCCUCCAUAUGAGAAUUCUCCAAUUAGGUCUAUGAAAGGCUUUAGUGAAGGUAAGGGUUCAUGUGGCCAAUGAGGACUAUGUAGUCCUCAUGUAGGACUAUGUAGAAUGAACUAUCCUAGUGCAAUAACAAAGUCAAACAAGAAUUUUUGAAUGCUUUUCUUUUUCAGGAAAAUAUCAUUAGUUUAGGAGGGUUCUAGUAUUGCUCCUUUUAGCAGAAUUCUGCUAUUUUUAGAUUCAUGUCACUGGCAGCCUCCUCCAAUCAACUUUUUCUACCAUUUUGAUUUUGAGAGAUUUUGAUAACACUGGGCUAACCAAAGAUGAAAAUUUUAAUUAGGCAUUGUUUUAUCUUUGCCAAUUCUGAUUUUCCACUUUUGACACCUUUGCCAUUCAUUCAUUCAACAAACAUUUAUUGAAUUGUCAUUUAUCUUUGUUCUCCUGCUUAUUCUUGCUUUCUGGGGUCUCAAUUGUAGUACAACACUUGGGUCUCUUCUCCUCAGAAGUACCCCUAAACUGGUAAAUUUUCCUUCAAUAAAUACCUCUCUGGUGUCCCAUUGGUCUCUGCUAGGUGAAACUAGAUAUCAGAUAAACUAGUGCAUAUAUUAGAAGAUGCUGAUAUUAUCCUCCUUGAGGAAUAUAUUUCAACUUUAUUAGGCUUUUCUAUACAUAGUACUUUAACUCAGGAGUGAAUUAAAUGAUGGGCAUUUCAGAUAUUAUUGGCUGAUAGAGGGAGAAAAUAUUUAAAGGUCAGAAAGGCCUUUUUAACACACAAUAAUUCCCCAUAAGCAAUAAUCAAUUUUGCAUAGAUAGAAGUCUAUUUUUCGUGAUUGCCACCUUUGUUAAGCUUCCCACUGGUCCCCAUAUUUUACCAUUCCUUUUUUAUCCCAGAGAGAUAGCAGUUCUAUUGAGAGAGUAAUGGGCAUUCUGCUACCUGGAGCAACUUCCGCCUUUCUCCAAUAUCUUUCUGUAUAUAAUGCUCAGAAAGAAUUUGGGGUGGGAUGUUACUACUAUAUCCUGUGACUUGAGGGACUUCAUUGAUGUCCCACUUCUGGAUGAUUCUGACAGCUCACUGCUAUGGUACCAGCAAAGUCCAUAUAUUGCAUAAACUCAGUUCAUUGAAAAUCAAAUUACUCUUCUGUAAGCCAUAAGAAAGAAUUAUAUGAGUGUCCAAGAGGACAACUAUAGAACCUUAUGGAAAAAUCUGUACAGAUUAUGUUGGGAAUGAUCAGGGAAGCUUUUCUAUUGAAAUAAAAUAAAUCCAAAGUUACUCCAUCUUAUUAAAAUAAUGAAUAUGAUCAGACAAGCUUAAGAAUUCAGAUACUCCCUUAGCCAGUUGAUAAAGUUGUCACAUAUCUAAUUAAAAGAAGCAUUCUGUGAUCAGAAAGUUCUGAUAAAUAUCAUGGCCCCAAAGUAAUAGGACAUGAACAGUAUAUUUUGAGUUGGAUGGACUAAAUGUAAUAUUUCCUAUCAAUCCUCACUUUCAAACCUUUAUUUUCACUCCUUCCUAGUAUUCAACAAUAUAAUGCUGGCUAUUAAAGAACACUUUAAAAGGUAGUAUUUCUUGAGAUCAUUUAAAAAUUCACCACAAAGUUGGGUUAUUUAAUUCAGAUGAAAAAAAAGUUUACCAUUUCUAUUCACUCCACACAAAAGCAGGAAUAAAUAUUGUCUAUUUUAUUGAUCAUCUUUUUAUGAUGGACAUACUGGACAAUUUAAUUUUUAAAGAAAGUUGAUAAAAUAGCUAAUUAAAGCUGGCAUAUGUCAGACUGUAGCUAGACUUCUGAGGAUCAGUGAUCUUGGAUAAGAAAAAAUAAUUACAUCUUUAUUUUCAUUGACCUCUAAAUGAAAAGUAGCACUUUCUUUGGUUAUUAAAAAAAUGGAUGCAUAGGCUUCACUAUAUUGCCAAAGUAGUCCAUGACAUGAAAAAUGCUAAGGAACUUUUGCCCUAAGGACUGAGUUAUCCUGCUUUAUAUAACUUUAAAUAAGAGAGCAGGAAGACCUCUAUGAACUAAUACUGCAUGUGACCUCAAUCACCCAAGAAACCCCUCAAACUACCUUAAUAGAAGAGUGAAAAAGUUGGAGUUGAUUUUUGCCUCUCCUGCUUAUUUUUGGCCUCUCUUGGUGGGAGAUGUAAAAUAAUAUUGAAUGGAUAAGGGACAGGAAACAUGAGGGAUCUGCACAAUGUAUAAAUUUGAAAAUUGGCUCUUGAGUAAUGGAAAGUGGGCUGAGCUUUAAAAGAUUUUUUCUUUUUUAAAUAAAAGCUAUUUUAAAAGAAAGAAUCUCACAACCAUUUUCUUUGUAAAAAAAAAAAAUAAGGGGCUAAAUUAAAUGAGCUGCAAGAUCUUUUCCAACUCAAAAUCCUGUGAUCUGAGGACAAAAUGAUAUUAAAUCAUAGUAAUAAACUUAGGUUCAAGAAAGGAAUUUGAAGAAGGACUACAAAGAGUUUUACUUUGGUAGGCUUUAAGAGAAUUGAAGAUCAGCCAUGAAAAGGUUGUUGCUGACAAGCUACUGCCUCCACUUCUUGCCAUGAUGAAAGGGGAUAUCAUUAUUCAGAAAUGGCUAUAUCUAAGGUGUUUAUUAUAGAAUCUAUUGCUGUAUUCAUGUUGAUAUCUGUAUGUUAUAACAAGCCAUCAAUAUAGCAGAUCUAUGUUUUUAAGCCUUCAUAUGCUAAUGGUUGCAAUUAUAGCCUUUUUUGAUAGUCGCACAUGUGGAGAAAGGAAUCAGUCUAGUCAUGCUAUUGACUUGACUCUCUGUUGCCAAUUGUUUUCCCCAUAUAGCCCAGAGCCUAGGAUUGAAGUUUGGGGGAAAAUGAAAAAUGCGUUCAGGGCUGUCAGCUCUUCAUCACCAGCAGAAAUGUAACAAAAAUUUACAUGCUUGAGGGAAUUCCGUUGAAUUGAAACUCUGAGAUACCAUUUCAUGAUAGGAAAGACCGACCCCAGGAAACUAUGAAACUAGUUUUGGGAAAACAUCCAUAGGAAAGCAAUUAUGUAGGCCAAGAAAGUACUUAUCUGAGAUGUAUCCAUGGUGGGGAAAGACAUAUUAUCUGGGAAUUUCCUGUUUGUUCUUUCCUGUUUUAAUUAAUUAUUCUUGCUAAGGUAGUGUUAAACUUAGUUAUUUUCUACAUUUCAAGAAAAUCUAAGUGCUAUAGGUAAUCUCUAAAUUUUGGUACUCUGGGAUCAAACUCCAGUUGUCCCAUCCUGAUUAUAGUUCUUAGCGCUUCACCACCUUCAAUAAUUAGAUACAUUCUGCUUGAUUCUAAGAGGAUGCUCAUUCAUCUGUGUUUCUGUAUAUUAACUGCCAAAUGCUUCAUUAUGCAUGUAUAUUUUUCACAAGUUAUUUGAAUAAAUGAGAGGAUUUUGGUCUAAUGAAAUAAAAAAUCAAAUAAUUUA